AUGAAUGCUAUGAGUUGGAACUGUCGAGGGCUUGGGAACCCUGCGACAGUUCGUGAGCUUCGCAAGCUGGUGAAGCAAGAAGGUCCCACCCUGUUAUUCAUCAUGGAAACGAAGAUCAGGGGGCAACGAGUAGAAGAUCUGAAAACUACAUUAGGAUUUCAUGGUUGUUUUGCCGUCAAUAGUGAUGGGCUUAGUGGAGGCAUCGGCCUCUUCUGGUCAAAGGAUGUUGAUGUUAGUUUGGAAAAUUUCAGUAAAUCUCAUAUUGAUGUGAAGGUCACCCAGAAUAAUAAAAGUUGGCGUUUCACUGGUUUUUACGGUGAGCCCCGUGUGGAGAAUCGACACCACAGCUGGCGGUUCCUCCAUACUCUUUUUGCUAUCCAGCAUGAGGCGUGGCUGUGUACGGGGGAUUUCAACGAAACCCUACAUGCGGAUGAGCACUUUGGCAUGAAUGCAAGACCGGAAAGACACAUGUGUGCUUUCCGUGAAGCAAUUUCAGAUUGCGCGCUCCAGGACCUGGGGUGGCGCGGAGUACCCUUCACAUGGGAUAAUGCUCAGCAAGGCAGUUCUAAUGUUAAAGCGCGGAUUGAUAGAGCUUUCGCUAACGCCGAUUUCCUUCAGCUAUUUGAACUCCCCAGUGUCAAACAUGUGAGUAGCGUGGAGUCGGAUCACUGCUUUGUUCUGGCUGAAUGUCGUCCUCAGGCGACGAUGGGAUGGACUCGAGCACCACGCACGUUCCGUUAUGAAAACGUUUGGCAAAUUCAUGCGGAUUAUGACGAGAUGGUCCGGAACAUGUGGCAAGUGGGCGCGGGUCAGCAAGGAUUGCAAGGCAUCGUUGACGCCCUUUCCAAUGUUCAGCAGCAGCUGGGCUCGUGGGGGCGGCGAGAGUUUGGAAAUCUGGAACGGAAAGUCCGAAAGCUUCAGCAGCGGCUUGACCGCCUGCGAUCUGCGUCGCUCCGACACGGCCCAACUGACGAAGAGAAAGCGGUCGCGAAGCAGCUACGCGAAGCUUUGCGGCAGGAGGAAAUUUGGCUAAAACAAAGAUCUCGUGUGUUGUGGCUCCGUGCAGGGAUAGAAACACAGGCUAUUUUCAAGCACAAGCACGGCAACGCACGAGGACCAAUCGCAUUACCUCAUUGGAGAGCAUAA